AUGGGCGGACCUGGAGGAGAACUGCACGGAGAGGCUGGGGGCGGGGCUGUUCCUGAACACCAGGCCCCGCCCUCCCGCUCUGAUUGGCUGAGCUCAGAAGUGCUGGAGGUUUUCAUUUUCAAGACUAGUCUGUACAGAGAAGAGAACGAUGUCUGGACGCGGAAACAAGGAGGCAAAGUGCGGGCUAAGGCCAAGACCCGCUCAUCCCGGGCAGGGCUCCAGUUCCCGGUCGGCCGUGUGCACAGGCUCCUCCGCAAGGGCAACUACGCCCAGAGGGUGGGCGCCGGCGCUCCCGUCUACUUGGCCGCUGUGCUCGAGUAUCUCACCGCCGAGAUCCUGGAGCUGGCCGGCAAUGCCGCCCGCGACAACAAGAAGACCCGCAUCAUCCCCCGUCACCUGCAGCUGGCCGUGCGCAACGACGAGGAGCUCAACAAGCUGCUGGGCGGAGUCACCAUCGCCCAGGGAGGCGUCCUGCCCAACAUCCAGGCCGUGCUGCUGCCCAAGAAGACCGAGAGCAGCAAGCCGGCCAAGAGCAAGUGAGCCCGGCUC